AAAGUUUGGUUGUUUGAGAGACUCAUUCAUUCCAGAAACUUCACUAAAAACAGAAACUUAAUCGGCCAGAACAGAAAGUAGUAGUUAGACGCCAGGAACACUUAUAACAGAAACAGAGCAACGUUUUCGGAAAAGGAAUCAAUCGACAAAAACAAGAACCCCCACAGCAUCAUGGCCUGCCGCAUCACCUCCGCCACCACCACUCUUUUCUCCAUACUCCUCCUCAUCGUAAUAGCAGAACUCAGCUCAGCUCAGAAUUACCACUUCAGCAACGGCUGGUACGCCGGCAAAAAGAGAUCGUCCGCCUCCCUCCUCCGCCCAGAAGCUCUCGGAAGCAGCAGCAGUAGUAGCAGUAACAGUGGCUUGGACGUCACAGACGCCGACAGCAGCAGGGGAGGUGUCAGCAGCUUGAGUGGGCGUGGUUUCGGCGUUGGUGAGCUCCGAUUGGUCGACUCACCGUGCAGCAUUCGGCUCGAGACUUUGGCACUCAUCAACAAAUUGAUGCAGGAGGAGGCAGCGAGAAUACAGAGGACUUGCGUCGCUAAUGUGCCCUCAGGUCUCCGGGAACUUCUAGAGGGCGCCGCCAGCAAACUGGAAUCAGAGAACAAAUGGUGAUUGAUCGAGAGGGCGGGUCGGCCAUCCCGGUCCCGGCAAGAGUAAACAGCCUCGCAGACAACUUGGCAGAGACGACGACGACAACAACUACAACGACAACAUCGACAAGAAAAAAAAGUUAUCAGCACAACAGCACCCGGGGGUCAUCGUUUGCACCAUCUGCCUCAAAACCCUCAAGCCUUAGCUUCUUUUCUUUCCCAGAACUUUCGUUCCUCCCGACUAUUGCAAGGGAGAGCACUCCCACUUAUUUCUGCUCUAAAAAGUACCACAUCGCCGACAGAGACAAACGACAGGCGAAGUGAUAUUUAAACCAAACAAAACCUGUUUGCAUCUAAAUUCUCGAUACAUCGUAAGGACAUACAAAACGAUCAGAAGAGAGCAAUUCUUUACUCAGAUCGUUUUAAUACCGAUAGGUUCUACCACAAAGGAAUAGCUACGACCAGAGAUAAACUAAAGCACACUGCUCCGAUUUUUAGACAGCCCCGUACGUAGAAUGGCCACUUCCCCAUGAGCUGUCUUUAAAUUCAGAUUUCAGAGUUUAAUAACCUGAUGUAAAUGCUCGUCUAUUUAUUUAUAAAACAAUAAUUACCUUCAAGUAUUAUCAUUCUUGGUGGUUAUGUCGGCAAAAAGAUACUUGGACGUCUAAAUUUUUUCUCCUUCUGAAUUUUACGAAAUUCUCCAAACAAUGAAGCGAUUUAAGUCUACUGAAUAACUGUCAACCAGGGUUUAAAUAUAUCUACACACACACACAUAUAUAUAUAUUGUGUGUGUGUGUGUGUGUUAUAUUGUCACGUCAGUAAAUCGAACAAACAGAAGAAGGAAGUAAUAACAAGAAAAGAAAAGAAAAGAAAAGAAAAGAAAAGAAAAGAAAAGAAUUGCAAAGGGGUAAAGGAAGCCUUAAAACAAAGCGACGUUCAACCAUCACAAGACAGUUUGCAAAAGCUUUAGGUUUUCAACAUCAGUAGAUGGAAUUAAGAGAACCAGAAAAAAAGCUGCAAACAAAAAAGGACAGAAAACAAUUGACUAAAGAGUGCUGUUUUUCACUUCGGAUGAAGAUAUUAAACACCAAAGACAACCUAA